GGUACCGUGCCGUCCCUGCGGUGUCUCUCCGUGUUCCCGAGAGGUCGCCCCGCGCGUACAGCAAUGGAUUUCCACUUCAGAGGGCUGGGACAGGACGCCGAAGUCCCCCCCGCGGGCCGCGGCGCCCUGGAUCCUUUCCAGAGCCUGCUGUUCUCCGUUUCCUCGGAGCUGUCGGCCAAGGAGGUGAAGGACCUGACGUUCCUCUGCCGCGACAAAGUCCCGAAGGGAAAGAGUGAGGCGGUGCGAGUCGGCCUGGAUCUCUUCAGCACCCUGAGGGAGCGGGGGCACAUCGCGCCCGACGAUCUGGAGUUCCUGAAACAGCUGCUGCGGAAAAUCAGCAGGGUCGACCUGCUGGCACUGGUGGAGCAGUUCGAACAGGGGGAACUUCAGGCCCCUGAGGAUCAGCCAGAUGAGCAUGAAAAAGGUCUCCUGCAGGUAGCUUUUGGUGUCAUUCAUGACAAUGUUGGGAGGGACUGGAAGAAGCUGAUGCGAGAACUCGGGCUGCCAGACGUGAAGCUGGACAAGGUGGAGGUGGCCUAUCGAUACGACCUGGGGGAAAUGGUUUUUCAGGCACUUCGGGAGUGGCAGAAGUGGAAGGGGAAGGAUGCAAAGGUGGCUGACUUAAUAAGAGCCCUCCAGGCCUGCAACCUGAGAUUGGUGGCAGACCUGAUUGAAGAGAGGCUCUACGGGUGAACAGUGGAACCAAAUGAAAACAGUGUAAAACUAUGAAUGAAAAAAGUCAGUGCCUUCUUCUCUUCUGAACCAAAUUAACUAUCACUGGCUGCCACUUAUUUGUGCCUUAAUAAGUUAAUUUGUGCUCAGGUGAAACAGACAUGGAAACAGAUUCCUUUCAUAGAGCACUUUGUACUUUGAUGCUUAUUUCAAGAUAUUUUAGCUUUCAGAAGAUCUGAACUCCCAUUAUAUAGAAAUUCUCACGCUUUUGUUCUGCCACUCACCUGAAAAAUUUGCUUUGCUGCAGACACUUUUCAGAUGCAUCUCCACUGGAAAUACAUCCAUGGCACACUUCUGAAACAACUGGAAUUUAAAAUUUCAUGGAGAUGUUGGAUUAUUUUUUUUUAUAAUGGCCUAUUAUGAAUACAGUGUGAAAGGGAGAAAGAGUAAAGGUUUCAGCUGGGUGCUGGCUUUUCUUUUGGAGUAGCAAAAAAUAAUAUCUUAGGAAAUUUGUCAGAUAUAUUUGCUCUCCAUGAAAGUAUAUUAAGACAACUGUAACCUCAGCCUGCAGUGCAAGAGGGACACUAAUUAUUGUGGUGGCUUUCUUGGGAAAAACAUGCCUGGAUUUGAAAUGGAAGUCAAAUGUCUGCACCAAGUGCCUUCAGCAUCCUGAAGUUCUCCUGAAACUGUCCAA